AAUAACAACGCUGUUGUAACAGCUCGCGUGUGCAGUUCGUUGCCGGUGUUUUUCUUUAAAUUUUCCGAGAUGUACGAUCUCGGGUUAACUGUAAUGAUGCUUCGACGGUUGCGUAUUGGUCCAAAGAACUUUUUGGGGCUGCAACACUGCCAACGAUGCUUCAGUGCCCGCUUGUCGGAGAGUGUGACCACCGAGGAUGGCACGGCGCAGUCAAAUUCCGCGGCGAAUGCAAAGUCUGAAAGGCUCAUCAAGGUGGCCAUCGUCGGUAUGCCGAACGCUGGAAAAAGUACUCUCAUAAAUAGGUUAAUCGAUCAAAGGGUUUGUCCAGUUUCGGCGAAAGUACACACGACACGCAAAGCCUCGAAGGCAAUACACAGCAAACAGAACUCGCAAGCGAUUCUCUUCGACACACCCGGGCUGGUGGGAAGCCGGGAAAUAAAGAAACAUCAGCUGGAUGCGCAGUUCGUGUCCGCUUGCCGGCAUGCAAUCCAACACUCGAGCAUGAUCGGCGUGGUGCACGAUGUGUCGAACUCGUGGACACGCCAUGCCCUCAAUCCGGUGCUGCUGCGUGUGCUGGAAGAGUACAUCCACAUCCCGAGUUUCCUGAUACUGAACAAAAUCGACACCCUCAAAUCGAAGCGUAUCCUGCUGGACAUUGUGAAAAAUGUGACAUGCAACCAGCUAGAGAGCAUCAGUAACUAUGGUCCCGUCGGUCGAAGGAGGGCUUACAAAACGAAACAGUCCGUUCAGGAAAAUCCCUUACCCUCUGAGCGGGAAGGCAAAGAACUCACCGAAUCAGAUAAGAAGCCGGUGGAAGGAUGGCCCCACUUUACUGAGAUAUUUAUGGUAUCCGCCAUGACCGGCGAUGGCCUACGCGAGGUGAUGUCGUUCGUGCAUGCCAACUCACAGCAGCACCCGUGGGAGCAUCUGGCCACCGAGCACACCGACCAGUCCCCGGAGCAGCUGAUCGUACAGAGUGUCCGCGCCCGGCUACUCGAUUUCAUGCCCCAGGAAAUACCGUACCAGCUGCAGACGGAGCUCGAGUACUACGAGGUGAUCGGUGGACGGGUACUGACCAGUGCCGUCGUAACCUGCCCGAACGACCGGAUAGCGCGGCUGGUUUGCGGCGAGUCGAACGGGAAACUGCGCCAAAUCAACGAGCAGGUGACGUCGGAUCUAAUCGAAUGCUUCGGCAUGCCGGUGCUGCUGACGAUAACGACGCGUGUCCGCAGCCGGGAGGCAAAGUCGUAGAUGGCGGAACCGGGAAACUCUUUCUCUCCCUGCGGUUAGUUAGUGGCGGAUUGAAUUGCGGUGGAAAUAAAUUUCAGCGGCACCGUCCCGAAACCGCAACGAA